AACGAGAAACAAGUGGGGGGUGCAGACCGCCUGAGUGGGCGAUCUAAGUCGAUUGUCGUGUCAGUUCGCACAGUGAGAGGCGCGGGCGUCGAACGCUGACUUGCCGGCCUCCAAAUAUCAACCAGUUUAACCGACGUUCACCUUUGAACCUUAACAUAAAGGAAUUUCAACCUUACACCCAAAUUCCACAGUCGAAAUUCCUGUGACUCAGUUUAGUGUCGCCCAGUGAUUUAGUUGCCGAAACCAGUGUUUUCAGUGCUGUGAAAAUGAAUGAAGACAAUACUGUAUCGGACGACUUGAAAAGGCAAGCAGCAAUGUUCUAUAACAGCACACAAAGGGAACAAACGAAAGACUAUCAGAUGACAUGGUGCUUCUGGCGGCGGAGACGGCUGGUGGUGGCUCUGCUGGCGUUCUUCGGGUUCUUCAACGUGUACGCGCUACGGGUCAACCUGUCCGUCGCUGUGGUGGCCAUGACUGAACCAGUGGCCACGACCUUGGAUAAUGGGACUGUGGUAUAUAUCCCAGAGUUCGACUGGAGUUCUCAAACCAAAGGCCUGGUGCUGAGCUCGUUCUUCUACGGCUACCUCGUGACGCAGCUCCCAGGCGGCUGGCUCGCGGCUAAAAUAGGAGGUAACAGGGUGUUCGCGAUAGGUAUCGGAGCAACAUCACUGCUGACGUUAUUCACGCCACCUUUGGCCCAUACCAGCACAGCCCUGUUGAUAGCUGUCAGAGUCGUCGAGGGUUUGUUUGAGGGUGUAACAUACCCCUGCAUCCACGCAGUAUGGUCUCGCUGGGCGCCUGCCUCGGAGCGCGCGCGGCUGGCCACGUUCGCCUUCAGCGGCAGCUACGCCGGCACUGUGGUCUCCAUGCCCGUGUGCUCACUACUCACGCAGUACACCGGCUGGCCCGGGAUCUUUUAUGUGUUCGGUAUAAUGGGACUCGUGUGGACUACAAUAUGGUGGCUGGUCGUGAAGGAAUCCCCUGAGAAGGAUCCUCAUAUAACACCAGCUGAACUCAAGUACAUUCAGGAUUCCCGCGGCACGCAAGCAGUGGAAGGCUCCAAGAUCCGCCACCCUUGGUCUAAGAUGCUGAAGUCUGCUCCCGUCUGGGCCAUCGUGAUGGCACACUUUAGUGAGAACUGGGGAUUCUAUACACUACUCACUUUCUUGCCUACUUUUAUGCAAGACGUAUUUAAGUUCAAGACAUCACAGACCGGGUUCCUGGCGGCCGUCCCCUACCUUGCAAUGGCGAUAGUCCUGCAGGUAGCCGGCCACAUCGCUGACUGGCUGCUAAGACGCGGCGUCAUGUCCAGAACUAAUAUCAGAAAGCUGUUCAACUGCGGAGCUUUUCUAUCACAGACAAUAUUUAUGGUGGCAGCGGCGUAUGCAUCCACGGUAACCUGGUGUAUAGUGUACCUGACUAUUGCUGUUGGCCUCGGUGGCUUUGCUUGGUCUGGAUUCAGUGUGAACCACCUGGACAUAGCUCCGCCCCAUGCGAGCGUGUUGAUGGGGCUGUCCAACACCAUCGCCACGCUGCCCGGCAUCAUCAGCCCGCCGCUAGCCGGGUCCAUUGUUACUGACAAGUCGGCGGAGCAGUGGCGCUACGUGUUCUUCCUGUCGAGCGGCAUCUACCUGCUGGGCGCGGCCGUGUACGGCGCCUGGAGCUCGGCCGAGCUGCAGCCCUGGGUGCUGGAGCUGGACUCCGACGCCAGCUUCGACACGGACGGGGCCUCCGUCACCACCGCCAGGGGAUACGACAACAAGGCCCUGGACCAGAACUCAGAGAUGUGAAUGUGAUAUGUAGCUUAGGUAGUUAAGGUUAUAUUAUAUGCCCCUUUUAUUGGAAGGCUGGUUAAUUCAUUAUUUUGGAAAUAAGUACUAAUGAGCACAACAAUUUAAAAAACUACGUAUUUCAAGAAUACCAUUAAGAAAACAGGACGACACUAUAUAUAUUGAGACUGUCUCGCUUGCAAACGAUAACAGCCAGUCAAAGAUUUAGUAAUUCUCUUAGUUCUCCUUUGUUAGGUAACCUGUGAAAGUCAAAUGUUUAUUUGCAAAUUAGUGUCAAACUUCUGUAUUGAUCAGCCUUUUAAAAUCUGAGGAUUAGUAAUAUAAGUUUCAAAUUGAGAGACAUCGCUCACAUACACAAAACAUACAAUUAAAAUAAGUCACUGUAAUAGAAUUUGUACUGUAAAGAAUGGUCAAACAAUAUACGCACAAAGUAAGCUUGAAAAAAAAAGAUUUCAAUAGUAAACGUUAAGAAGAUAUAAUAGAGGUAGAAGGUUUGUAAGUAAAAUUUCUUGUAUUGACAUGCAAGUAGAUUUAAUUUUAUCAAACGUGUGUUGCUGUACUUUGGCUAAUGUUAUAAAUUUCUUUUGAUCUGAUAUUACUGUUUAUUUGGCAAACUGUACCUUGUGUCGAUCUCUUACGGUGUAAUAAUGCCUGGCAAGGGCUUACUCGACACUAGCUUAAGAUAAGGUUUAUUGUACCCAUAUUUACACUUGCCUUUAUGACAUAAGAGACUCAAUAUAAAUUGUUUAUUUUCUAUUUGCUAUAACUAAUAUCUGGAUCAUGUGGGAAUAGUCACCAUUAUUGAAUUAAGUGAAUCCGGAUUAUGAAAAUGUCUUUAUAGAACUGGCUACAACUACCUUUUAAGGUAGAUGAGCAGGUCCGAUCUUUCCUACAUCCUUUUGUACAUGUAAAUUCAAAGCACAAGUAGAGUUUUUUCAGAAGUAUGCCAUGCCAAAUCCAUGUUGUGUAACGGAUUGCUGCCAUACUUACAAGUCUCAACUAGGUAGGAAUAGGCCCCUGUAAGAAAAAAACAAACAGCUUUUAUAGAUUUAUUGAAUUUUCUUUUUCCGAUUUUGGUCUGUUUUAGUAUUACAGUACAGACUCUAUUACUGAUGCUCCUUUGUCCGUCCGUCUGUCCUUACAGACUGUAUGCCAUGUAUUGUACAAUUACUUAAUGUCUCAAUAUUGCAAUGCAUGAUCCAUAUCUGUAUCUAAAAUUUAUAGCAAAUAGACUAUAUACAAACGACGCCAUUUUUAUUAGAAUUAAGCUUUAAUAUGUUUGUCCGUCCACAAAUAUUUUAAUAAUUUCUUAUUAAUGUUGAAUAUUGUGUCUUUUUAAAAUAGUAAUGUAUAUUAAAUAUUAUUUAUACCUCGCAUACUUAAAUGAAUGUAUAUUUUGUAUUAUUUGUCGUUUGCUAAACUGUUAAUUGUUAAAAACGUUAAAAACCGUUUGAUAUCACUGUACAAUGGAUUCAGCAAAAAAUAACAACCUUAAGUAUAGAAGACAUAGGACUCAACCCAGAAUACGAAAAGGAACAAGUAGUCCUAUCUAUAGAUCUCUAAAAAGACCGUGUCCUGUACAUUCUGAUGAGAUAAAUAGCAACUGUUGAUAUUUCAAACAAUAUUCAUUCUAUUAAUUGUUUAUCCCCACACAACACACCACAACAAGUAAAUAUUGUCAAAGUAAAGAUAAGUAUUGAUUUGAAACAGUUUUAGGAAUACAAUAUAUAUAUCGGUAUAAUUGUUGUGUUGCACUGAAUAUAGUUUACUUCAAAAAGUUUUGCUUAUAUGCUUCAUAUGUUUUGGUAGUUAAAAAAACUAAUCAAUCUUAGCGUCUUUGUCUAAAAACUUAUUUUUAAAGGGCGAUUAAAAUCAAAAAUUAGACGGCAAUAAUCAUCACCAAAUAAAAUAUAUAAAUGUAAUUAAUUAGUCUCUAUUUUAUAUCUAAGUAAAGUCAUUAAAGAAACACACAAAGAUUUGGUAUCUGUAAUAUAAGAUUGUUCACCGUUUUUAGUACAUAAACAAAUGAAGUAUAAUAUAUUAUGUUUUGUGAUAGUUAGUUACCCUAAAGCUGUGUCUUAUGUAUGCUUAGUAACAGUUUAUUAGUAAGAAGAUUUUUUCUGAUAAUUUUCGCUCAUGAUUUGAUCAGAUUUCUAUAUGGACUAAGUGUAAUUAUGUGACUUUCUUGAGUAGUUAAGGAUUGUACUCAAUAGAUGGCGCUAUGGCCGCAUUCCUUUAGAAUUUGGUAUUAGACUCGACUAUCAUUAAAGUUGAAGAGACCUCAUGCAUUAAAUAAAUCAUUUUGGUCAUUAGCAUGUCUCACCUCUUCUGCGCAUUGACGAUAGCAAGCGAAAAUAAUUAAUUUUAAAGUGCAAACCGAAACACAAAUGCUGCUUGCUAAACAAGUUCCAACUUUAGUUAAUGCGCUUAUAGUUGACAAUUGAUCAUCACAUGACUAUAAAGUUAUAUCCUUAUUAUAGAACGACUACAGUAUUUAGUGUUAGACUUAAGUACGCAGAUCAUUGUUUCGUAUGUAUUGCUUUGAAUGCUGUGUUAUGAUUAUGAAUAUAUUUUGUACUGUAUGCUGUGUGAGAUUAUUAAAUAUUAUAGAAUCUU